GACAUUAUAGCAUCAUUUUCGAGGACAAAAUAAACUUGUACUCAGGCCGGCCCGGUUAUGUUACAAGCGCAGCCCAUUGCACCUUAACUGUGUUCGUCGGAGAGCGAGCUACGGGAUCCUGCUUCCAACUUCCCAGGAGUGGGAAGCAGGUUCGUCAUAGUCGCCGGCGACGGCGACGCCUCCGAUUUCUCAUCGAUUACGCCGACUAUUCUCUCCCUUUCCAGUUUUUGAGGUGAGCAGCGUCCUGCUGUUCAUAGAAGGGCUUCCGCAUCUCGCGUGCCCUAAGUAGGCCGAGUCUUUUUUCUUGCUUCGGCCAAAUAGCAAGAUAUGGAGGAGGACAAGGGCGGCAUCGAGAGCACAUCCAGGGCUCCAGCCCCGGUUCCCGACAAGAAGCACGUGAAGGAAGCGCCGGUCCUGGGAAAACGACAAAUGUUCACUGUGGAGCUGAGAAGGGGCGAAACUACCAUCGUCUCCUGGAAGAAGCUUUUUAGGGAGUCUGCUUCUGGGAACGGGGAAGCUUCUGCUCAGAUUGCCAAUAAUCAGGUGCCUGAUGCCCGUCCAGUUGGCGGGGGUUAUCAAGGGGAAGAUGAUCUAAAGCAUACAUUACAGCCUCCAAAUUGCUUUAGUGCUGUAAUUGAGAAGAUUGAAAGAUUGUACAUGGGCAGGGAAAGCAGUGAUGAGGAAGAACAUGAUGUUCCUGAUGAUGACCAAUAUGAUACUGAGGAUUCUUUUAUUGAUGAUGCUGAGUUGGAUGAAUACUUUCAAGUUGACAAACUAUCAACAAAGCACAAUGGAUAUUUUGUGAAUAGGGGGAAACUGGAAUGGGCUGAACCAAGUUCUUCCCCUAAUCUGGCACCAAAGAAAAUGAGGAGAAAAGAUUCAAAAAAAAGCUAUGAGCAUGAGCAUGAGCAUGUUCCUAAUGAAUGUCUGGGUAAUAUGAAGAUUAAAGCUGCUGCGAGGAAUGCUUCUCUGGUGGCAAAAAAAUUACCUCCAGCUGAAGUUAUGAAUUCUUUUGAUGAACAUUAUCAAGAAGGGAAGCUUUUAAAAACCAAAAUGAAUUCUUCCACAGGCAUAUACAGUAAACGGACUGCUGACUUUGUCAUCAAUUCAGAUAUUCCUCCAUCGGCAGGACUACCAAACAAAGGUCUUUCAUCUGUCACAAUAGAACCUAAGGAGUUUGACAAGAGAAAAUUGCUCUCUUCCAAAGAACAUCAUAAAUCAGGUGGCACUAUUGAUUCAUUUGUUGCCACAAAUCAGGUGUCCCGACAAAAAGCAGGUGCUUCUCAUGCUGAGCCACAAUCAAAGAAAUUAUUUAGUGGUAAUAAUGAAAUAGAAGCGUUGGCCAAAAUGCAGAGGAAAAACAAACAUGAUUAUGUUGAAUAUCCCAAUAGUCAUAUGGCUUCCUAUCCUAUGCAAACAAUGCAUCUCUUGCCUCGGGCCAAGGAGGGAACGAUAAGACUGAAGGGGACCACAAUUGAGCGAGCUAUUCGAGACCUUGAGAGGGUGGUUAAACUGUCCAGACCACUAGACCCUGGAGUUCAAGAAGACGAUUCUUCUGCUCAUGGUGUUAAAAGGAGAUUACCUCUAGAAGUAAAACAAAAGCUAGCUAAAGUUGCUAGAUUAGCGGCAAGCCAAAGUAAAAUAUCGGAAGAAGAGUUACUUGAUCGCCUCAUGGGUUUUCUUGGCCACUUGGUACAGAGGAAGACAUUGAAGAGAAACAUGCAAAAGAUGGUUGAAUUAGGUCUAUCUGUAAAACAGCAGACGGUUGAUAAGUUCUUGCAAAUUAAGAAGGAGGUCCUUGAAAUGAUAAAUGCACGUGUCUCUCAUCUGGUUUCCAAGGUGCCUGACUAUCAAGAUGGUUUAACAGAUGAUUUUCAUGGCACGGCUAGUGUUGAUGAAAGGAGAGCUUUAAAAGGAAAAUAUUUUAUGGAUGUAGCCUUGGAAGACAAAAUUUGUGACCUCUAUGAUUUGCAUGUUGAGGGAAUGGAUGAAGACAAGGGUCCUCAGAGCCGAAAACUGUAUGUGGAGCUUCAAGAACUAUGGCCGGCUGGUUACAUGGAUACUUAUCGGAUCAAGAUUGCAAUAUGCAAUGCUAAGAAACGCAGACGGCAUAAGUUUCAGGCUCGUCAUGAAGUGAGGAUUGAGAAGAAGACAGUGAAGUCGGAGGAAACUAGUCCGAGGUCGCAACCAGAAGCUGUUCAAGGGAGACUCCGUACAGAUCAUCCUGUUCAGGUUCCCGCUCCCCACGACAAGCAAAUCUCAAGCCUAAGCCCCCUGUUUCAAGGCAGAGUGAGCGAUCCAACUGCAUAUCUAUGUGAUACUGCACAAAAUAAUGGAUACACAUCUAAGCAUCACGAAAAAGCCAGUAGGAUCAGCUCUGGCAUAGUUUCAGAUUGUGGAAGCAAAGCAGUUGUAGAUGUGAAGAAAAGGGUAAAGAGGAAGUCGGAAACAGAUGCGGAGUUCCAUUCUCAUCUACAUAAGAUGCAGACGCAGUCCGGAAAAGAAAAGCAGGAUUCAAGCAGCCCCAGUGAUGGCUCGAACCUGAUUCCUCAACUACCAAAACCCAAUCAAAUGCCUGCAACAACAACUUCAACUUCAACCUCAACUUCAGACCAACCAAACUGAUCAUAGAUUUUUAUAGCAUGUGCAAAUAACAGUCCUGUUUUCCAGAUAUUUGCCCUUUUCACUUUGAGAUGAUAGCAUAGGACCGAGUCUAGACAUGGAUUUUGUGAGGUUGGUUGAGAUUUCAUUAAUCCCAUUCUUUGUCGACAACCCCUUCCAUGCAUUUGGCUGUGGCCAAGAUGAAGGGUGAGAUGCUAAGUUGGUGCUUUUGUAUCCAUCAGUCCCAUCAGUGGCGGGAACUUGUUCAAUGGCAGCUUAUUGUGCCUUUUGUAAAUCAAAUUAUGGCUCAGGUCGCCCUUGAAUUUUGAGCCUCUUCUGAUUUUCAAUGUAUUCUUCCCUAUUUUAAAUCAAUGCACGGAAGUGCCGAUGAUCUGGGAUUUUAUUUGCUUCUUCCUCUAA